AUGAAAGUUAAGUUUCUCAUUCUAUUGUCUUUUCUCAUCACUUUGUCUAAUUCUGCAGAAGAAUGUGCAGAUACCAGUGAUAAAUGCUCUGCAUGGGCAAAAAAUGGAUUCUGCACAAACUGCUUCUAUAAUUGUGACAUCCGAGUGAAAUAUUGUGCAAAAACUUGUGAAUACUGUACUGGACAAAAAACGUGUGAAAAUUGCACAGUAACAACAACAAAACCACCACCAACGACUACAACUAUAAACUGUGUUGAUUAUGGAGAUUACUGCAAAAGUUGGGCGAUGAAGGGAUUCUGCUCCAAUUGUUUCUAUAAAUGCUCUGAUCGAAUCAAGUAUUGUGCCAAAACGUGUGGAUUUUGCACUGCUGGAUCAUGCACAGAUUGUAAUAAUGUACAGAAUUUCAAGAGUUUGAUCAGUCAGACCUCAUUGGAAUUACCUCAAGAAUGA